AUGAACGAAAAUUUAUUUGCCUCUUUUAUUACCCCAAUAAUUCUAGGCCUUCCACUCGCCACCCUUAUCGUUAUUUUUCCUAGCCUGCUAUUCCCAACAUCAAAUCGUCUAGUAAAUAACCGUCUUAUUUCUCUCCAACAAUGAGUAAUUCAACUCGUAUCAAAACAAAUAAUAGGAAUUCACAAUACCAAAGGACAGACAUGAACAUUAAUAUUAAUAUCCCUAAUUAUAUUCAUUGGAUCAACCAACCUAUUAGGUCUAUUGCCUCACUCAUUCACACCAACCACACAACUGUCAAUGAAUUUAGGAAUAGCUAUUCCCCUAUGAGCAGGAACCGUAAUCACAGGCUUCCGCAAUAAAACCAAAGCAUCACUUGCCCAUUUUCUUCCACAAGGAACACCCACUCYAUUAAUCCCUAUACUAGUUAUCAUUGAAACUAUCAGCCUUUUUAUUCAACCAAUUGCCCUGGCUGUACGAUUAACAGCCAAUAUCACCGCAGGACACCUGUUAAUUCACCUAAUCGGAGGGGCCACACUUGCAUUAAUGAGUAUUAGCACUACAAUAGCCCUCACUACAUUUAUUAUUCUAGUUCUGCUCACAGUUCUUGAAUUUGCAGUGGCUAUGAUUCAGGCCUAUGUAUUYACCCUUCUAGUAAGCCUCUACCUGCAUGACAACACAUAA